UAUAAAGCCUUAGGCAAAUGGUUGAAAUAAAAAUAUACUUAUAUAUAUAAUAAUAUAUAAAAAAAAUGUAAAACUCAAAGCAGGAAUUAGGCUUGAUUAGAGACUUAGUGUAAUCUUAUUUUAAAUUGUAUCGAUUCAAAUUUUUUUCUCAGUUGAAAUAUAGGUACAAGAUACAUUUACAUGAUGGAUUAUAAUUAACUGAUCUAUUACUGACCAAACAAACAAAUACAAUGGACUUGAAAUUAUCUGGACAUAUUUUAUUAAGCCUGUUUCAUUUACUUUCACAAAGUAAACACUUGUUUGUCAAUGCUCAAGAUCCUGCAAAAACUAAAAAGACCGACGAUGGAUACUUACUCGAAAGAUUCGAUACUGAAGUACAAACCAUGAAUGCAGCAGAACAGGAAUGCAAGGCACGUAGCGCAUGGCUAGUGCGGAUAAAAGAUAAAAAUAUGCAAGACGAAGUUAAAGUUCUUCUCGAUGGCGCAACUGCAUCAAAUUCAACCGGAGAUUACUUUAUUGGACUCACGAAAAGUUUCGGAUAUUGGACAUGGUCCGAUGGAGUUCGUGCUGUUUGGCCUAUGAAUUGGGCAUGGAAUGAAGGUAACGAUGGAAGUAUAUGUGUAGCUAUUAGACACUCUGACGAAAAAUGGACAGAUAUUACAUGUACCGCAAACAGGCGAUACAUCUGUCAGUCAGAUCUUCUCACUAUCACACCAACAAACAAAGUAAUGGUAGUAGUACGUGGUAAUACAGCAUCUAUCAACGUGAAGAUACAUAGCUCUGGUGGUGCUGUGAGGAUGCAAGUGUUCAAACUCCCGAAUAAAACAAAUUCCGUUCGAAGUAUUAGCGGAGUCAUCAGUUCUUACACUUACAAUACUACUCCAAUUAACGACUUCCAAUACGUUAUUUAUGAAUUCGUGGUAACUUUAACUGUCGAAUCGAAAUCGUAUACAAAAUUGGCGACAGUUCGACUAAAUGUACACUAUCCUGUAAACAUCACCAACAUAUUCCCAACUGCAAUCUCAUCUCCUGUAACCUCUGGUCUACAAUACGUGACCUGUGAGGCAUCCGGUGCGCCCUCUGCACAGGUGGUUUGGAUAAGAAAUGGAAGGUCGGUUCCAUUAAACGGAGAUAGCUUUGUAUAUCAAUGGAAAUCCACUGGAAAAUCUAUCCUCUAUAUAAUGAAUGCAGUAUUGUCGGAUACUGGAACUUAUACAUGCCGCGCCACCAACAAUAUUGGGGAACCUGCUCAAGAAACCAAAGAUGAACGAGAGAUAGAAUUAUCAGUGUACGGAUCACCUGUCAUAACUGAUAGCAAAGUAGUGGAAUGCAGUGUUGGAGAAAAGAUCCCAAUUGAAUGGAAACCUAACUAUCAAACAAUCGGCGUCGUUCACAGAAUUUCGGCAACUCGCGAAGGUGACACUGUCGCCAUAUACACACAAAACAUUACAGCACAAACGCAUGAAAUAACAACAAUUGAAAAGCUUGCUCCUUAUACUAACUAUACUAUCAAGAUAACCGUUUGUCCAGAUGAGUGCAUAACCAAACUCCAUGCACAAACAGUAAUCAAAACCGGGAUUGGUUUACCAGAUCCCGUCACUAACGCUCGAGUUACAAAAGUAUCAGAAAGUCAUUGUGCCGUGACCUGGGACUGGUCGGAGACAAAGUUGAAAACGAAUGAAACAUUUGAGAUAAUCGAGAACGCAACACUUGUUUUUCUGUCUUCGAACAUACAACAACAUACAUUCACCAAGAAAUAUUUAUACGAAGGCAAAUCAUUAGAUUCAUUUCGUGUUCAAAUUGAAACAAAGCCGAAUCGCAAUUACACUUUCUAUGUUAAUGCAAAGAAUUGCGCUGGAGAAAGCAACAGAAUAGCAGCAAUUGGAGAGUGCCUUACAAACGUGGCAGCACCAGAACACGUUCCUGUACCGACAACAGUUCAGACAGAAGAAAACUCAGCGACCCAGUUGAUAGAUAUCACCUUUCCUGAUGAAACGAGAGGACCAAUAGGCUGCUUGCUUGUAAUAGUAAAAUCUGGUGAAAGUGAAUCAGAAGAUGAAAUCACGAUGGAAAAGUUGACUCGAUUAUCAAAAAAUGCAUUGAUUGGAAAAUCAGAAGAAAACGAAUUUCUCGCAAUUGCAAUGCAAAGGUCAAAAAUUAAAGAUCCAAAGGUGCAAGUAUCUCUAGGAGACGACAAAGCAAGUUUCUGUCAUCUUUUAACGGGUACGACUAGAGCCAAACGUGCAGUAACGGAAUACAUAUCUGGAAGGAACUUGCCGCUCAAAAUAGGUUCAACAUACACCUACUACGCAGUUACUUCAACUUACUCAGUGACUUCGGGUGAAGUUUUGCUUCAACGCAGUUCUUCUGCGGCAUUCAACCUAAAGAAAACGGAAGGGUCGAACAUUGUCUGGAUAGCUGCAGUUGUCGUUGGCGCACUCGUGAUUGCAGUCGUUGUUGUACUGAUUAGUACUUUUAGUCAGUCUGUUCUUUUAGUCAGGAAAAAACGAAAUGUUCAAAAAGAAGAAAAUGACGAUCAUACUUAUGAGCAACCUUCAAUUAAUCCUAUCGGAAUUUAA